AUGUCUAAGAACGAAAAAACCGAGGCUGCAGAUUCUGCUCAAACUCAAACCGCUGAGGAAAAGGUGCCAGUUAAAGGUGCCAAUGUGAGUGGAAGAGCAUGGAAAGUCGACAAGGGCCAAUUCAGAGUCAGUAGCAGAGCAAUUAAAAACAAAAAGCUGACGUCCUGGGAGCUGAAGAGGCAGAAAGCGCUGGAGGAUAAACAGUUCAAGCAGAAACUAAAGGAGCUUCGGGAAGAGAAGGACCAGAUUCGCAAGGCGAAGAUACAAGCACUGAAGGAGAGGAGAGAAAAGAGUGAAGAGAAGGAGCGCUACGAAAGACUAGCGACCAAGAUGCACGCUAAGAAGGUUGACAGGCUGAGAAGAAGAGAAAAGAGAAACAAAGCGCUGAAAGAGCGCUAG